CCCCAGCUUUGCUAUCUGAUCUCCGGCUCUUGCUCCCCACCGAGCGGCUGGCCUCGCAGGCUAUUGCAAUGGAAAAAAGUUCGCGGCGCGCCGCAGCUCGCGCGAAGCCUGUUGCUCAGUGCGCGGAGCUGCCGAACAAAAGGUGGCCUGGCUGGGACAUCUCGGCGGAGCUGCGGCGGGGGCCUGGGGGUCGCACGGGGGAGAGGGAGGGAUCGGUCGGGAACAAAGCGUGUCUGACCCACCGGCUGCGCUGAUGAGCGAAGGCCCGCACAUUCUUGGGAUGUUUCAGGGCUUCAAACCUCCGGCGUGGGGCCUGAUCCUGCCGGUUUACCGCCAGCGUCAAUCCGGAGUGACUCGACCCGAGUGGUCGCGGUCGGCGCCACGUGUGGGAGAGAUCGGAGCCAGGCCCUAAGUUGCGAGCUCCCUUCCAGGGAGGUUACGUGCCUGCUGUGUGGUGGGGCCCGGCUCUGGCUGGUGGGACUGUCAAGAAAGCGAUGCUGGAAUUGCAGCACUGGAGCUGAGCUCUGGGGCUGGGGAGGCUGCUCAGCCUGCUGUGCUGACAGACCUGGGUCUGGGACUGCUCUCAGCCCUGUACCGCUGCUGGUGCUGGAGGGCUUUGUGGCUGGAAGCUUCCCCUCCUAAGGCCGAGUCUCUGCUGCCCAUCGAGUUGUACUGCGCUCAGGCUGUGACCUGAAGCCAUCCUGUGACUGAGCAGCCCAGCGAGAGAGAAUGCGGGGAGGCUCUGCGCUGGCAGUGCCAUGGCUCUUGCUUCUUGUUGUCACCGGUGGCCAUGGGCAGGACAAGAAGCCAACCUUUGCCCCCCUCUUCACCAGGAAGCCCUUCAUUGUGGCCUGGAACGCGCCAACCCAGGACUGCAGGCCCCGCUUCAAGGUCCAGCUGGACUUCAGCCUCUUUGACCUGCAGGCCUCUCCCAACGAGGGCUUCGUAGACCAGAACCUCACCAUCUUCUACAAGGAGCGCCUGGGCCGCUACCCCUACUAUGAUGAGCAGCAGGUGGCCGUGAAUGGGGGUGUCCCCCAGAACAGCAGCCUCACGGAUCACCUGGACCGGCUCCAGGAGGGCAUCCGCAAGUACAUCCGCUCAGAGGCCAAGGAAGGGCUGGCUGUCAUUGACUGGGAGGAGUGGCGGCCCAUCUGGAUCCGCAACUGGCAGAACAAGGACAUCUACCGCAAGAACUCCCGCCAGCUGGUGCUGUUGCGGCACCCCAACUGGCAGGAGGACCUGGUGAACAAGGAGGCCCAGUAUGAGUUUGAGAGCUCGGCCCAGGAAUUCAUGCUCCUCACCCUGCAGCACGCCAAGAGCUACCGACCCAAGCAGCUGUGGGGUUACUACCUCUUCCCGGACUGCUACAACCACGACUACAGCAAGAACCCGGACAGCUACACGGGGCGCUGCCCUGAUGUGGAGGAGACACGCAAUGACCGUCUGGCCUGGCUCUGGAAGGAGAGCACAGCCCUCUAUCCCUCCAUCUACCUAGACCAGGUCCUGGCCUCCUCCGAGAAUGGCCGCAAGUUUGUGCGCUCGCGGGUUAUGGAGGCCCUGCGGAUCUCCCACCAGCACCACGAUGGCUACUCGCUGCCUGUCUUCGUCUAUACCAGGCCCACCUACAGCCGCAAGCUGGAUGUGCUGAGCAGGACGGACCUGGUCUCCACCAUUGGCGAGAGUGCUGCCCUGGGGGCGGCUGGUGCCAUCUUCUGGGGUGAUGCAGACUACACCAAGAGCCAGAGCACCUGCCAGACCAUCAAGGCCUACCUGGAGGAGGAGCUGGGUCACUACAUCAUCAACGUCACCACGGCAGCCCAGCGCUGCAGCCAGGCGCUGUGCCAGGGCAGGGGGCGCUGCUUGCGCCGGGACAGCACCGCCAACGUCUUCCUCCACCUCAACCCACUCAGCUUCCAGAUCCGGCGCCGGGGCGAGGCUGACAGGCAGCAGCCGCUGCUGCGGGCAGAGGGGGAGCUGUCUGCCACUGACACCGCCUACCUACGGACCCACUUCCGGUGCCAGUGUUACCAGGGCUGGCACGGGGACGAGUGCGAGCGGCAGCUGAGCACCCACAACAGUGCAGCCUGCCCAGCCUGUGCCACUCUGGGACUUCUGGUGCUGGGGUUCCUGGCCCGUUUGGACUAGUCUGGCCCCUUACUCAGGUCCUUGUGGCAGUAGGCCGUCUCCUGGUGCUUAGCAUGGCAGGGACAUGGGCGCAAUAGGUGGCACUUGUAGCCAGAGCCCCGCGUGCCCCUCUGUGGGGCAGACAGACUUACAACGCAGGAGCCUUUUGUAUUUCGUUUAGUGCCAAUGUAGCGGAUCUAUUGGAGGUGGCCCCCUACUUUUGCCACUGCUGAGGGGGCGAGAGGCCCCUCUAGCCUUCCCUGCUGGCCAGCAGAGUGCCUGCAGCUGUGGGGGUGGGAGAUGUUCCUGGGCAGUGAUGCAGCAAUAGGGGGCAGCCUGCAGCUGGCAGUGCGGGGGGGAAAUCUGCUCUGGUGUGGAAAUACAAGGGCUAUGCCCUGGACUGGCUUCAUCCCCCAGGGCCAGGUACCCCCUCCUUCCCUGCUGCUGGGUGUGCCCCAGUGCGGAGCCUGGCCCCAUGGUGUGUGGAUAGGGGGGUGAUCAUCCCUUCCCUGGCUCAGCAGAGGGACCGGGGACUGUCAACAUGAGCUAAGCUGCACAGAGGGUGUGGGGUGCCCCCCAGAACUACCCUAGGCUUUGUGGGGUGUGGAGGAGAGAGGGGAUGGCAGUUGUUCUCCUGUUGUAAGGAGUGGGGUGGAUAUGAAGUGAGCGAAGGAGUGCUGGGGAGACAAGGCCUAGUGUGACAAAUACUGCUGUAUGUGUCUGGAAACCCCCCUGGGGGCAGAGUUUAUGGACUUGGGGAGGAUAUGCCCUUCCAUGCCCGGGUGAGGUGGGGGCUGGGCUGGGCGCCUGCCGGGAGCCAGCACCCUGCCUUUGUCACUGAGGAAACCAAAGUGCUUUAUCUCACCAUUAAAGGCGGAAUGAGAGCGGG